GAGCAUCGGUACCAGACUGGUGUACUUGAAAAUGCGAUUACACAAGAAAUGACGACGGAGGAAAUAGUGACUACUUUUAUAAGUUUUGUUUGGAAAAAAUUCGUGAUCAUAAUGGAAUCGUGGAAACCAGUGAAUAGCUCUUACAUUUAAAGAAGCUUUUGACAAUCUUACGGAAGAGUUUAAUAUGUUAGGCCCUAAUUAUCAUGGCAAUAAAAAUUGAAAUAGCAUGUCGUGGGCCUAGGCCUACAUUGAUGUACAUGAUGUAUGAUGACCGAAAAAUGUAUUCAAGAUGGUAAGUGAUACAGCACCAGGUAACAACUGAGUAUCCAAUGCAGUCUGAGAUGGCAAGUCCACCCGCUACCCCACUGCGUCUGUCACCAACAUAUGAAGAGGCGGAGGGAGGUUCGUCAUCGAGGAGCAGCUCCCCAGACAGUAAUUGCCCAAUCUGCCUGGGCAAAGUCAACAACAAGGCCUUCACUGACGCCUGCUUCCACACCUUUUGCUUUGUCUGCCUGCUGGAGUGGUCCAAGGUGCGGCCCACCUGCCCGCUGUGCAAGACCACCUUCAAGUCCAUCAUUCACAAUGUGGUAUCCAACGACAUCUACGACCAGUACCACCUCAAGCCCUCGGACACUGGGUCCUUUGGGACAGACAGCCGUGGCAGGCGCUUCCGGUACUCCACCACCUUGACAGAGGAGCAUCGGGUGGAGCUGACGUGGCGGCGCAACCGUGCACUGGAAAGGAGGUACCAGCGUGCCCAUGAGGUCCACCUCCAGGCGGCCGCUGUUGAGCGCCGGCGCAUGAUCUACCGGGCUGGGCUCUGGGUGAGGCACAUGGGGUCCAACCGCUUCACUCGUUUCCGCGACAUCUCCCCAGAAUUCUUCCAGGAGAAUCCAGCCACCACCCACCGCCUUGUGCCCUGGCUGAGACGGGAGCUUGGCAUACUGUUCAGCGGCGAGGACCACGUGACUUUCAUGACCCAGUACAUCCUCUCACUGAUCCCUAAUGUCCAUAUACAGACGGAAGAGUUCCACGAACACUUGCGCCCAUUCUUGUACGGCCAGACGGAGCAUUUCAUCCAUGAGUUUGUAAGCUUUGCCCGGUCCCCGUAUGACAUGAACACCUAUGAUCAAAUAGCACAGUAUGACCUCGCGGCUGCGCGCGAGCCACAGCAGGCAGCCCCUCCAGCACCCCCAUCGCAACAAUCCAGCAGCGAAUACAAUGACGUCAUCACUUUAUCCUCGGACGAUGAGGUUAUUGAGGUCCCCACACUGAGAAGCCUCCUGCAGUCGGACAGCACCCCGUCCACUUCAUCCCGAGACGCUGUUGAGCAAGUGGAGGCUCUUGACCUGUCAAGCACCCACAAUCCAGAGCCGCCCUGCCCCUAUGAGUUGGAUCCAGACCAAGCUGGUCCAUCAGGAAUGGGGUCCAGUCAACCAGUCGAGGUCAAAGCGGAGCAGGGGGCUCCCAGGGAGAACGUCAUCAGUGAUGAUGACAGCGACAUUGAGAUUGUUGAAGUCCUCAAGCCCUAUGAUGAAAGGACUCCCGAGUGCAUUGUGCUGUUGUCAUCCAGCACGGAGGAGGAUCAGGACAGGGGCGAGUCGAGACAGGAGAAGAAAGGGGGAAAACGUCACAAGAAGAAGAAGCAUACCUCAGAGUCACGUCACAAGGUGAAACAGCGCGGUGAGCACAGUCAUCCGGAGAAAUCUCACAGGCAUUCGCGUAAGAAGAAGCACAAAGGCAGCAAACACCACAAGCACUCCAGCAGCACCAGAUUGGAGCGUGAGAAAUCUGUGCAUGGGCACUUGCCAAAGCCGGAGGUGUAUAGUUCCUACAAGCACCACCGGACGUCACGCUCACGGUCGCAUUCAAAAUCCAGUUCCUCCUCUCAUCACACCUGGAGAAGUAGUCAAAAAGAGAGCAACGCGACUUUGGAUGAAUGCGUCAGGGACUAUGGCAAAGGUGCCUCUACCAGUUAUACCCAUUCGGCACAGUCUCACCCUCGUAGUAGAUCCAGGCAGAGAAGCGAAGAGACCUACGUGUACCCCAGAGAUACCCACGGGCAUGACAGAAGACACAGGUCAGAGGGUGAAAGCUACGCCCGCGCAGCCCAGAAAGGGGGAAAGCCGGACGAGAGCUGGGAGGUGCAUUGGCAUCACAGGUCCACAGACGUCUCUGAGCACAGCAGGAGACAGCAUAACCAUGAUCACCAUUACAAGGCCACGCUGUCCAGAAAGCACAAUUCCAGCGACAGCAAAGAUGACGGCCCGAAAGCCAAGAUCAGACGGCCGGCCGACGCAGCGCACAGCUCGGGCCUGCAUCUGAAGAUGGUCUUCAGCCGCACCAAAACCACUACCGGGGACGAUCCCACAAGGUCAUCCAGUAGCAGCGACUUUGCCAUGGUCAGAUCCGGCCACAGACGACGCAAGCACGACAAGAAGUACAAAAAGCAUAAGCGGCACAAAUCAGACAGCAACCACAGGAGCAGGCAACACACGGAAUACUCCAAGGACAAGCCUUCAUGGAUCAGCUUUUUGCCACUCGCACAUUAUCACAAUGCUUACAGACCUCUCUCACUUUAUGACGACGCUAGUAAAAGUGACGACCAAGGAAAUGAUGGAGACGAAAGCUCUGCCUCUACGGAAGAGGAGGGCAAUGCUUUUGUGUAGCGGGAGGCAUCAGAAGCCGUUAUGGAACAUACACCCAUCACAGAUUUCACGUCCAAAGCACAAAUGAAGUGUGCGAUUUGUCCCAAAAACAGAAACAGCUGCUUAAUAUGAUGCAGUUCAACCGAGGGACAGUUUUGCUCGGACAUGAAUGUGUACAGUGUCCCUUACAUCAUGACAGUGUAUGAAGUGUGAUAUUUGACUGUGGGUUAUUUGUAUAUUUUGUACAUGUUUGUUAGGCUUUUGUUCUGUUUCUCCUAGGCAAGCCUGAUGUUAGUGUCUUCAUACAGGUUUCUUAAUGUCUGUUGGGCUUUGCAGAUUUUUCUUUAAAACAUUCUUUUAAGACGUCAAGAUAUUAGUUUUGAGGGAGACACGAGCAACCAACAAAAAGCAAUCCAGCGAGGCACCGAGCCCCGUCUCGGCAUUUAACUUUCUGUGUAGCAAUGGACACUUUCCUUUUCGAUUAAAUUGGAGACUUUCAGGUGGGGGGAAUACAGAAUUCAAGAUAGAGGUGUUAUUGACUGUUGUGAUGUGGGACAUGAUGUUUUAACACCCUCAGGGAUGAAAAGGACCCUUGGCUUCACCUUGUGUUCUGCGAGUCCAUCAGGUGCGAAAACAUCAUGUCUCACAUCAAAAGCAGUCACCAAUCAAGUUGAUGUACAUGUAUCAGUUGAAUUCCGAGGGGGCUUGUGGUGGGAUUCCUGUGUGUUUACAAUUGCCAGAUAUUGUCUUUUAUUUCCUUACAUAUUCAUGCCUAUACAGCUUUGGCACAAGUGCAUGUACAUGUAUGUGCGUACGAACUGCUCUGAUAUUUUUGGCCUUUGAAAAAUUUCCUUUGAAAUCACCCUCUCAUCAUGUUGCUGGAUCCAGUUGGGUGUGUUUCAUGUUUUCACCAGAACUGAGAUUGGCUUGUUCUGUAUGUACAUGUAUGCAGAAAAGUCCAAAUGACGCCCCUGGUAAACACGGAAUGAUUGAUGAUGCGUUAAAAAUAACCGGCAGUUGACAAUGGAAGAGGCUUAUCGUUGCACCAAAUAUGCAGACACCCAUCUUGAAUUGCAGAUAAGGGACAGGUGCCAACAUGGUACAGUACAGUGUACUUUUCAUGAAGAUGUGCCGAGAGUGAACUGUGCCCCACUUUAGACACAUUUGAAGUUUCCAUUUACAUGUACACAUGUAUAUUGUACCACUUCUAAGGCCAAACAAAAAAUUAGUUGUGUUUCCUAUUUCACUGAAAAAUAAAUUAGGGUGGUUGAGUGGGUAAUUGUUUUUUAACUCUAAAUUUUUGAAGCCCCCGAUUUUUUUUUGGGGGGGAGGGCACGUAUAUUUGUAACAGGUACUAAGUCAGAUUCAUACUGUCUGACUGUACAUGUACACGUCAAUAUUACAUAUCAGCACUGUGAUUAAAUAGUAAAGCAGCUGGUUGGUUGAAAUACUAACACACAAGAGCCAUCUAUCUCAAAAUUUAAACAAUACAAUGUACAGGACAAUGUACACAAAAUUCGGCUCGGGGCAAGGCACCAUAAGUUUUUAUAUGUUAUUGAUUUGUCAAAUUGAUUUUCUAGGUUUGGUCGGUUAACCGUAAAUACAACUAUUUUUUGUAUGGCUUAAGGGAAGAAUCCACCAUCUUAGCUACUGUAAAUGUAUGUGUUCAUGUAGAUUGGCUUGGCAACAUUUGUGAGUGUGAAACUACAACUUCUGGAUCUUGGCAGGCUUCAUAGAUUUGGACCAGGUUCAGAAAUGCAGUCAUUUGCAAAAGUUUAGGACCACCCAUAGAGAAUGCAUUAAUCUGAAGAAAAACCAAAUUUAAACCAAUCAAUCAUGGCGAGUUAUGUUUACUUUCAGUGUGUACCCUUAGUAUCUUGGUUAAACAGCCAUUUGACUACAUCUCCAUGAUUUGAAAUGUUAACACUCUAGUGUUUAGUAUGCCCUCCUUAUUUCUGAUUACUUAGUCUUUUUUACCCAUGCUGCCUUACAGAUAACGUGUCAUACAAAACCUGCCUUUGCAACAAAAUUCAUGCAUAUGGCUCAAAGCACAACUCCAAUGUUAUCACCACUGUAAAAAAGUAAAAUCUUAAUCAUUCAAUGAAACAGUGUGACGCAGGCCCAGUGACAGAAAUACCAACAGAAUUCCAGGCGGUCUUAAAGUUUUGCAAAUGACUGUAAGGCUCAUUUUCAAGCACUUCUCACAAUGCGGGACCUGUUGAGCAUGACCUUCCCCCACCAAAACUAAAGAACCACGUCAAAAACGAAAAGGCUGGUUUUACCUAGACCCAUGAAAAACUGGUUAAUUGGUAUUUAUGAUAAAUAUGCUUAUUGACAUCUUAAAGAUAUCAGCCUAUUGUGUUCCAGUCAUUGUCGAUACCUAUGUAAUACACUGUAUUUUAACAAGUUUUUGGUGUUAUCAGGAGAUAUAAGGAUAAAUGUAGUUUUUACAGAAACUGUAAAAUUUUUGUUAAAAAUAUAAUUGUUUUUAUAAAGUUUUGAUUUCAAAAAUUAAAACUUCUGUGGUGUGAUCACAAACGUGAGCCUGCAUCUCUGAUCCAUUGUAUAUAGACUGUAUAUAGACUUGUGUGUAUUCCAAAUGAAAUUGGUCCUCUUGUAUUUCUUGAAGACUUCAGGUUUGAGAGUAAACAGCAAUACUAAAACUAGAUGGGUGAGGUCUUU